CGGAACCUUUUAUUUAACGGCCACUUAAAUAAACAUUUUAUCGAACAUCUUGCAAGGCUGACGGCUCGCACAGAUAAUGAUUUGCAGGAACAUAGCCGCAGCUUCUUGUACACCACGCGACCGCAACUUCUUCUUGGACCUCCUCAAAAAGGCCACCACUCUCUCCCACCUCUCCCAAACCCACGCCCAGAUCAUCCUCCACGGCCUCCACCACGACCUCUCCACUCUCACCAAACUCACUCACAAGCUCUCCGAGUUCAAGGCCAUCGACCACGCGCAUCGCCUCUUUCUCUCCACCCCAAAACCCGACCUUUUCCUCUUCAACGUCCUCAUCAAAGGCUUCGCCACCAAUAACUCUCCUCUAUCUGCGAUUUCGCUCUAUACCCAUUUGAGAACCAGGACUAAUCUUAAGCCUGAUAAGUUUACUUACGCCUUUGCGAUAUGGGCCGCCAUGGGUCACGAGUCUGAGAGGUUUGGGAUUUUGUUGCACUCAAAUGCGAUUGUGGAUGGAUUGGGAUUCGAUCUGUUUGUUGGAUCUGUGGUGGUUGACUUUUACUUCAAGUUUUCGCGGGUUGAUGUGGCAAGGAAGGUGUUUGAUUUGAUGCCGGAGAGGGAUACUGUUUUGUGGAAUACAAUGGUAUCCGGGUUGGUGAGGAACUGUUGUUUUAGCGAUUCAAUAGAAGUUUUUCGGGAACUGGUUAAGGGAGGUGUGGAAUUGGAUUCUACAACUGUGUCUACUGUGCUUCCGGCUGCAGCAGAGUUGCAGGACUUGGAAGUUGGGAUGGGCAUCCAGUGUUUGGCUCUAAAAGUUGGGUUUGGUUAUGAUGUGUUUGUAAUUACGGGUUUGAUUUCGUUAUAUUCAAAAUUUGGGGAGAUUGACACGGUGAGGUGGUUGUUCGAGCAGAUUGAUCGACCAGAUUUGGUAUCUUAUAAUUCGAUGAUUUCAGGGUAUACUUACAAUGGUGAGUCUGAAUCUUCAGUGAGGCUAUUUGCGGAGCUGCUUGCUUCUGGGCAGAAAGUCAAUUCAAGCACAUUGGUGGGGUUGAUUCCUGUGCAUUCACCCUUCGGGCAUCUUCAGCUCACUUGUUGUAUUCAUGGUUUCUGUGUUAAGUCUGGAGUUGUUUCACAUGCUUCUGUUUCAACUGCAUUAACUACCGUUUAUAGUAGGCUAAAUGAAAUUGAAACGGCACGGCUACUUUUUGAUGAAACUCCAGAGAAAAGUUUGGCAUCUUGGAAUGCUAUGAUAUCUGGUUAUACCCAAAAUGGGUUAACGGAGAUGGCAAUUUCUCUUUUCCAGGAAAUGAUGCUUGAAGUCCGUCCAAAUCCUGUAACGAUUACAACUAUUCUUUCAGCUUGUGCUCAACUUGGAGCGUUGAGUCUUGGCAAAUGGGUUCACAAUCUGAUUAAAAGCGAGAAUCUUGAGUCUAACAUAUAUGUCUCAACUGCUCUAAUUGACAUGUAUGCAAAGUGUGGGAGCAUUUUGGAGGCUCGGCAAUUAUUUGACUUGAUGAAAGAUAAAAAUUCGGUCACUUGGAAUGCCAUUAUUUCUGGUUAUGGCCUCCACGGACAUGGGAAUGAAGCACUAAGACUCUUCAAUGAGAUGCUGCAUUCUGGGGUUCCCCCUACUGGGGUUACAUUUCUCUCUGUGUUGUAUGCUUGUAGCCAUGCUGGCUUGGUGAGGAAAGGAUACGAAAUUUUCUAUUCUAUGGUCCAUGAUCAUGGAUUCCAACCAUUACCUGAGCAUUAUGCUUGCAUGGUUGACAUCCUUGGUCGGGCUGGAAAAUUAAAUGAGGCCUUGAAAUUCAUAGAAAAAAUGCCAGUUGAGCCAGGUCCUAUAGUCUGGGGUGCAUUACUUGGUGCUUGCAUGAUUCACAAAGACACAAACCUAGCCCGUGUGGCUUCUGAAAGACUAUUUGAAUUGGACCCAGAAAAUGUUGGAUAUCAUGUCUUGCUUUCUAAUAUUUACUCGGCUGACAAGAAUUUUCUAAAGGCUGCUACAGUACGACAAGUAGUGAAGAGAAGAAGGUUGGCAAAGACCCCUGGGUGCACUCUAAUUGAAGUUGGUGGGACUCCACAUGUCUUUACCUCUGGUGAUCUGUCCCAUCCACAAGCAACAGCAAUCUACAAAAUGCUAGAGAAGUUGACUGGAAAGAUGAGGGAGGCUGGAUUUCAGUCACAGACUGUCACUGCUUUGCAUGACGUGGAGGAGGAAGAGAAGGAGCUAAUGGUCAAGGUUCACAGUGAGAAGUUGGCCAUUGCAUUUGGCCUCAUUACCACUGAACCUGGAACUGAAAUCAGAAUCAUUAAGAAUCUCCGAGUUUGUUUAGAUUGCCAUAAUGCAACUAAAUUUAUAUCCAAAAUUACACAGAGAAUCAUUGUGGUUAGAGAUGCGAAUAGAUUUCAUCAUUUCAAGGACGGCAUCUGUUCAUGUGGAGAUUAUUGGUGAAAAGAUUGUUUUCUACGCUGGUCAAGAUGUUCCUGAAUAAAGCUUCACAGCCAGGGACAAUGAAGGCGGGACAAUUCUGUUUUGGAGCAAGCAAAGAAGGUCCCUUGGUUUUUAACACAAAUGGAUCAAUGCGGACCCAAAGCAAGGAGAAAAUGGAAGCCAAAAGGAUUGACCAUACGACAACAAUGGUCGGAGUUCGGUUCUGCCGCCCCAUCAAACCUUUAAGGAAUGGAUAG